AUGAAAGUAUUGGAUAUCUUAGAAAAUGAUGACAUCUACUAAAGCACAUUCUCUAACACAAUUAAAGAUACCAAUAGCUAAAAUCCUCCAUCUCCUCUAUCUAAAUUGCCAAUUUAUAAAAGUAAUGGAUCUAACCCAAUAUCUACAAUCUAAAAUUCAAGAAGAGAGAGUAACUCAAAUACCCCAGAAAGUUGGAAUCACACAAAUAUUUAGAAUUGUGAUCAAUAAUCAUAGAUACAUUAAUAGAUCAAUAGUCAUAAUGAGUAACCAAUUGUGAUCAACUAAUAACAGUAAAUUUCUGAAUAGUUCAGCCUAAAAGAAAUAAUAAAAUUACCUAAUGAGAAUGCAUAAAUUGUUGAAUAACCUAAAAAUUUAGAAAUCACAUCUUUGAUUCAUUAAAAAAGUUAAAACAUCAUGCCACAAUCUAUAAAAAUUCAUAAUCAUUAAAAAGAAAUAUAGCUUAUUAUUUUCUUAGAUCAAAAUGAAUUAAACACUAUCAACAAAUCUCAAGAUUCAAAAUAAAGAAAAUAGCAGCCAUCUGUAGAUCAUAUUGAACAGAAGAGAUUUUAUACACUAAAUCAGAAUCAAUAAAAAUCAUAAUAAUAAUAAGAAGACACCUUGAAAGAUAGAAAUUUUAAAGAAUUAAGUGGACAUUCUGGUGAAUCUGUUUACAAUUAAGUUGUAAAAAUAAAUACUUUAUAAUAAAAAAUGAAAAAAGAAAAGGAGAACACUCAGAUUAAUUGGAUAGGUAGUUUAAGAAAUAAGUAAAAUAUAUUAGAAAAAACCAGUAAUGAAAUUAUCUAUAAUUUAAUUUUUCCAAAUUGAAAAUAAUACUUUAAAUGAUAUAUACGUUAUUUUAGCAAAGAAUAAUAUAAAUGAAAUAUUUAUUUAUUAUUGGAUUUGUUUAUUUGACUCUUGGUAAUUCAAUCGUAUGAAAAAAAACAUCAGGUAGUCAUAAUAAUUAUUUGUUAGAAUAGUUAUUCCCACAUCUAAUGGAUUGGCUCAAAAAUAAAAAUAGAAGGGGGAUCAAGCUUUGUCUUUCAGUGCUCUCAUCUAAAUCAUUUAAUAAACAUGCGAAGAACUAUUUCAAAACACUGAAAAUUCAGAGUUUAUCAAGUCGUUUUAAUAAUAAAUAUUCUGUUAGAGUAACAUAAUUAAGAUAUUGAAAUAUUGUUAAGAAAAAAAAAGUUUGAAUAUGUUAGGGUAGAAAGUAUAGAGAAACUAAUUAAAGAUGAAUUCUAAUAUUAUUCUAACUACUUCAAAAUUAUGAUCAAGGAUAAAGAAAAAAUGAUUGAUUAAAUCAAAGAUCAUAGUAAAUUGCAAGAUAAACUUAACUGCAGAAAAAUUAUAAAAAACUUUAGAAAUAAUUGAGUCUAAAACAAUUAUAGGAUUAUUUAAACAACAAUCUGAAGAAAUAUAGCUUUAUUUAACUCAUGUCGACCUGCUAUUAAAGACAAAAAAUUUUCAAUAAGAUUAAGUAAUUCUUUAAUUUAUCUAGUUUGAAAUAAUAAAUCUAAUUUCAAUGAUAAAGAAUGUCUUACUAGACAUGAAAUUUAGUAUAUAAAUAAAAUCCAAGAUGAUAAUAUUGCUACCUUUGAAAUAAUGAAUUUUUUUGAAAAUACUAAAACUACUCAUUAAAUAGCAUUCGAAUAUUUUAAGAAUGAAUCUAUUUAAUUCUUAGGUAAUAAAUUAUUGUAUUAAAUAUCAUAGGCAAUUUAAUAAAAACUUGGGAAUAAUCAUUUGAGAAUUAAAAUGGAAUAUUCAAAGAUAAUAUAGAAUUUUUUUAGACCAUUGAAAAAUUAUCAGAUGAGACUAAUAAAAUUGAUGAUUCUCUUAAUUCAACCUCAAAAUUUAAAAAAUACUCUAAAAAAUCUAAAAAAGACAGUCUAAUUCUUAGAGCAUUCGGAUUGAUUAAAUAGAGUUAUAUACAUUUUAUCUAUAUGUAUAUCCAUAAAUUGAAAUCAUUUAUUAAACAAUCACAAAUUUUUUCGAAUGAUCUUUAGAGUGAAUGGCUUAAUCUUUAUUUUGAAGAUCACUUUGUAACUUACAGAGGAAUUUUAUUAUAAUGGAGAAAUACGUUUGUAUAAAUGUAACACAGUAUAUGUUAUUUAUCAUGGUAGCCAUAUUUUUCUGUUUUUCGUUUCUUACAAAAAUUAAUGUUCUACAAAAUAAUUCAUGGAAUCUGUUAUGGUGGAAGUAGUUAAUAAUAACAAACAUGA